GGCCAUGCUGCCACUUUUGACUUCCGAGUGAGAUCUGAAAGCAUUGAAAAUGGAGGGCCAAACGAGAACAACAAUGAGGAGAAUCCUCCUUUUCUUGUCCUGUAUAAUCUUAUCCAUCGGAAACUGCGGCGGCCCUUUGCUCAUACGCCUCUACUUCCUCCGAGGCGGCAACCGGAUAUGGUUUUCCAGCUGGCUACAAACCGCCGGCUUCCCGGUCAUUUUCAUCCCGCUUCUCGUAUCUUAUCACCGCCGCCGGCGAGCUUGUAGCGAUGAAAGCUCCAAAAGCAGGAAGUUCUUCCUAAUCACACCGUUUUUGUCCAUCGCCGCCGCACUACUCGGCGUUCUCGUAGGCGUGGACAACUAUUUCUACUCCUACGGCAUGGCAAAGCUUCCUGUGUCGACCUCGUCUCUCAUCGUAGCCACCCAGCUGGUCUUCACGGCCGGAUUCGCUUUCCUCCUCGUGAAGCAAAAGUUCACGGCGUUUUCGACAAACGCCGUGGUAUUAUUGACAGUCGGGGCGGUGGUGUUGGGGCUCCGAGCCGGAAGUGACCGCCCGGCUGGAGAGUCAAACAAGGCCUAUCUUUUAGGGUUCGUGAUGACUGUGGCUGCGGCGGCGUUGUAUGGGUUGAUUCUGCCAUUGAUAGAGCUGAGUUAUUUGAAGGCCAAGCUGCAGGCAGUUAGCUUUAGUUUAGUGUUGGAAUUUCAGAUGAUUAUGGGUUUUGUCGGUACUAUUUUCUCCACUGUCGGAAUGGUCAUAAACAAGGAUUUUGAGGUAAUUCCAAGGGAGGCAAGGGAAUUUGAACUGGGAGUAACAAAAUACUACGUAUUAGCCGUAUUUACUGCGAUUGUAUGGCAAUUCUUCUUUGUGGGAGCUCUUGGAGUCAUCUCCUACGGUUCAUCAUUGCUCUCAGCUCUCAUAGUCGCGGUUCUGCUCCCCGUAACGGAGAUCUUGGCCGUCAUCUUCUACCAUGAGAAGUUCGAAGCCGAGAAAGGCAUCUCUCUGUUCCUCUCAAUCUGGGGAUUUGUUUCUUAUUUUUACGGCGAUAUUAAGAAUACCAAAAAAGAUAAUAAUGAAUCAUCUGCAGAAACAGAGAUGACCAGUGCUCCAACCGUUGCUUCCACGCAAGCAGUAUAAAAGAACCUAAGCUAUCCUAGCUUCUUUUCAUAUGUAUGAAAAUAUAUGUAUGUGCGUGCAUGUGUACUGUUAGUUGUACUUUAAAGUUUAAAGGCUUUGACCAGUUUGGUAAAUGACUAUUAGCUUAUUGGGUUAAUUAAAA